AACAACAACCCCAUUUUAGACCUGAUAGACAAGACCAGACCAGUCAAAUACAAUAUGUCACGACAGUGUGACAUUCAGCGAUCAUGUAACUUGGUACACUAAGCAGAACAGACUAUUUUUAACUUCACGCUCAGCCUUUGCCUUUGGUAAGCACUUUGGACAGUUCGGAGAGUUGUUUAACUUUGUUUAAGGAGCUGCUGAAAAUUCUUUUCACAGACGCACAGAUGAGCCGAUAUAGGAGGUCAGCGCCUGCAUCUAGCAAGAGGCUGCACAGGCAUUGUGAGAGCUGCCACAGCAAACACUGCAAAGCUCCCAUAGAGAUCACUUUGUCAUGCAUGAUCAUUAACUGCCGCUUGCUGUGUGGAGCCUCCUUUCACAUGUGCAAAGAGGACGAACACAUACUGCUGUGUCCUAAUGAGAAGGUUCCCUGCAUCAAUGCCAACUCCGGCUGCCCUUUCACCAUGUGUCGCUCAAAGCUGGCCAGACACCUGGAGGUGUGUCCUGCUAGUGUGGUGGUCUGCUCAAUGGAGUGGAACCGUUGGCCCAUCGAAGACAUAAAGUCACCUUUAUUUAGCAACCUCAUGAAGGACGUCCGUGAGCAUCAAGCUCUGGACCUGUCCAUGGCUCUAAGAGAUCAAAAGCAACUAUGCAGCAGGCUGAAAAUGAGGAGUUUCUUUCCUCAGCUGAUGCAGGAACCAGAAGAACCUAUUCCAGUAGAAGCAGAAGCAGAAGAUGAGGCAGCAUGUGGUGACUUUUUGGUUAAUGGGAGUCAUGUGAAUUCCAUGAGAGGUGAGGUUUCAGUAAAUGGUCUUGUUAAUGUCCAGGCAAAGGAGUCAGCUGCGAUAGACCUUACUGUUGAUAAAGAGAAAUACAACAUGUAUGAGAAGAUGUUUAGCAAGGAGAGAGGUGGCUGCAAGCAAGCCCAAGAAGAAGAAUCAAAAAAAGGAGUUAAUAAAGACAAGACUGACUCAACUAAAGAUACCCAUAACCCAUCUACCCCUGAUCAGCAAGAAACUGCUAAGCCCACAGUGGAAGAUAGACCUAGAGGAAAUGUUGUCCAACCAGACACCUCUAAAACAGGCUUUGCUCCUUGGCAAGAAGGAGUUCUGGAAAGACUUGGUCAAGAAGUAAAUCCAAGAGAGUACAACAUGUAUGUAGUUCACCAUGGACGCAUGCUUCUUGCCUUUGGCCAGAUUGAAGCUUGCACUCCUAGAGAGAAGGAUUUUGUUUAUGGAAGCCUGGAACCAAUACCAGUUCAAUCCCUUCGUUCUUUUAAUGUUCCUGUCAGUUACAGGCACAAACGUAUCCAGUUUAAAGAUCCUGCAACCCGAGUACGCACUGAGCACAAGAGCGUGGACACGUCUGAUUUGGGUGUUUCUACGUAUGAGGACACUCAGAUGGAUGAGAUGUUUGCAACUUUGCUGUGUGCUGCAGAAGAGGAGAUCAGAGGACACAAGAUCAGUGAAUCUGUGGCCACAGAUGGACUUUAUAUUGAUAUUGCAACUCAAACAUAUGACUUUCCAGCAGCUCCAUUUAAGUACAACACCACUUUGGCUGAUAUCACAGAGGACAGGGAUUUGAAACUUUACCUCCAGAUUGAUACAGAGAGCGUGACACUUAGGCACAACAAAACCACUUCGGCGUUCACUUUUAUGUGUGAACAUUUCUUCAGAAGGGAUGAGUUUGCGUCACACUUUAAAAACGUGCACUCAGAUAUCCAGUCUAGUUUGAAUGGCUGGUUCGAGCAGAGGUGUCCUCUUGCUUAUCUGGGCUGCAGCUUCAGCCAGAGACGACUCCAGCCCUCCACACACAGAGCUUUGGUCUUCUUUAACCCGGACCUUAGCAUCUUCACACUCAGACCUGAUAUUGACACACCUCACAUGGCCGAGUCCCAAAUGGUCCCAGUUGGAUAUGAGGAUUCUCUCAGUAAUCUUCCUUUUGAGGUGCUGCGUCAGAUUGCCAGAUACCUGGACAGCUUCUCCCUUUCCCAGCUGGCCCUGGUGUCCCGACUUUUUAGAGAUGUUAGUGCCACAUUCCUGCAUGACAGAGGAAUAGUCAGCUUGAAAUGGAAGAAAAAGCUGUACACUCAUGGUGGAGCCAAAUGGAAAUCAUCCAUAGUUUGGGAGUUCAGUAGUCUGUUCAGCAGAGUGGACACUUGGAGUAUUGAUGACACAGUUCCCAUGGCUGAGCACCUUAAGCACUGUCCAUUUUACCAAACAGAACCCAAAACCAAGCCUUUUCCACUGGCCAGGAUACAGAAAAACAAUAAAGGUUUAAAGGCCCAGAAAAGUCUAGUCAACCAUUUUAUGGGGCGGAGCUAGUGUUAAAAUGAUUACUAGCUUGAUUUCUUGUGUCAUUUUUAUAAUUGCAGUAAUUACUGUACACUAUACCGAAUGAAAAUGGAAGUGUAGAGAUCAUGAGGACAUUUUUAGGAUAAACUGACACUAAACUGUAAUGAGGUCCAUGUUGUGGUGAAAUAGUAAAAUGGAAGGAUUAUUGACAUUAAGGAUUCUAUUCUAUCACCUCACCUCUCUAUCCCUUUGUGACUGUUUGAUCACUACACCUGUCUGUUACUUCUUCUCAUGGCAAACACUAUGAUCUCUGGUGCUUACCAUGACUGAAAGCACUGAUAUUGGAGUGAUACUCCUUCCAAAAAUGUUAAAUGUCUAUGUCUCCACAUAGAAAAAUUCACCAUAGCAAUGAUUAUGGUCUGUUCUUUAUAUUCAAUUCUAUUACAUUGCCAUAAGGAUGUGGACACCUGAGUAUUGACCAUCCAGUUCCAAAACCAUGGCCAUUAACAGCCUCCGUUCUUCUGGAAAGGCUGUAGGGGAUUUGUGCUCAUUCAUUCACAAGAAUGCCACAAGAAGGCAUUGAUUUCAGAUUAGAAGACCUGUUUGAUGCAGGGCAUUAAUUAAUUACAAAAGUGUAAUCUGGUUGAGGUCAGGGUUCUGUACAGGCAACCUUAAAUCUUCCACACCAACUUUGGCAAACCAUUUCUUAAUGGAUGUCACUUAGUUCACAGGGGGGAUUGAACAGGUUUGGGCCUCUUACUUGCAGUGAAAGACAAACUUAAUGAUACAGCAUAUAAUGACUUCCUAGACAAUUGUUCGUGACAGUUUUGUGAAGACCUUCAUAUGGGUGCUGUGGUCAGGUGUCCGUAUACUUUUGCCUAUAUGGUUUAAUGUGAUGUCAUGGUUAAUGUGAUGCCCCUGUGAAUGAGCUGUUAACCUAGAAAACGUGUGUUCAUAUAAACAUGUUGUAAAUGCCUAAUGCUGAAGUGAU